ACAGCAGAGGACGAGAUCCGAACACGGCUCGGGAACCCCUCCAAGUGGGGGGAGAAAACACCCCCCCCUUCUCAGUCCAUGUCGGAGGCUGCUUUCGUCCUUCUGCAAGACUCUUUCUCAACUCUGCCUGGUUUUUAAUUUUUAAGUUCGGGAAGGGCCCCUUCCUGCAGGGGGGAAAUUCUCUUUGGCCCUCCAGGCUUUAGCCCAGUAGAAUUUAUUUAUUAUUAUUUUUUUAAAAAAAACCUUAUAAUAACCCUUGAAGAUAUGUUGAUUUGUCCUUUCAGAGCUGGGCUGGCCAGCUAAAAGCAGCAGAGCUUUUGAACAGAAGUGGGGGAAAAAAAAAAAUCCCCUGGAUCGAAGGGCGAAAAAGGAGGCAAGGAUUCACGGAAAAAGAGGCGGAAGCCAAAAUUAAAAAUGUCGGGUGGGAUCUUCACCCCCUUGGAGAACCUGUGUGAACUCAACAAUGCCAAUUGCCACCCGCUGGUGUGCUUCCUGUGCCACGAACAGUACCAGCACCCCUGCCUCCUGGAUUGUUACCACAACUUCUGCGCCAGCUGCCUGCGGGGACGAGCCACCGACAGCCGCCUGGCGUGUCCCCUGUGCGGCUACCAGUCCGUCGUGAAAGGGAACGGUCUCCCCCCUGAAGACCAGCUGCUCAAAUUCCUGGUGGACAGCUCUGGAGACUACGAAGAAGGCGUCCUGUGUGCGAAUUGUGACCUGCAAAGCACGAAGCAGGAGCUGGACGCCAUGUACUUCUGCAACACUUGCAGCCAGCCGCUGUGUGCCAAGUGCCGCGAAGAGACCCACAAGGCCAGGAUGUUCUCCCGCCACGAGAUCGUCUCGCUGAGCAAACGGGCGAAGGAGGUCCAUAAAAAAUGCCCUCUCCACGAGGAAUUGUACAUCAUGUUCUCCACGGAGAAAAAAUCCAUGCUUUGCAUUAACUGUUUCCGGGAUAUGCCUGUGGAGAGCCGAGCUCAUUGCAUUGAUAUUGAGACGGCCUACAUGCGGGGUUGUGAGAAACUGGACCAGGCUGUGAUGGCGGUGAAGGAGCUGCAGACGUCCACCCGCGAGGCCAUCGUCCUGCUCAAGGCCAUGAUUGAGGAGGUCCGGAACAGCGCAGACGAGGAGUCGUCGGCCAUCAACGCCCUCUUCAGCAGCAUGCAGGAGAAACUGGCCGAAAGGAAGAAGACCCUCCUAAAAGCUGUGCAGAGCCAGUACGAAGAGAAGGAGAAAGCUUUUAAGGAACAGCUGGCUCACCUGGCUUCUUUGUUGCCCACCCUCCAGGUGCACCUGGUAACCUGUUCUGCCUUUCUCAGCUCGGCCAACAAAGCCGAAUUCCUGGAUUUGGGCUACCAACUCAUGGAGCGCCUGCAAAGGAUUGUCAAACAGCCCCAUCGCUUGAGGCCCUCCCAAACUAGCAAGAUCAACAGCGAAUACCGGGCUGAGUUUGCCCACUGCCUGGAGCCCCUGCUGCCCUUGUCCCCGCGCCGGUCAGUGGUGGGCCCCACAGGAGCCAUCGGACCCGGCCUGAGCAACAGCAACAUGAUGUCUGGGGGUCCCGGAUCCAAGACCCUCUUAGUGACCGGCUGUUCAUCGUCCCAUGAAAAAAUGCCCCUGCCUGGAUCACCGGUAAGGAAGGCCACGAUGCACCGAUACAUCAGCACCAAAGUCCUCUUAGCCGAAGGGAGAGAGACACCGUUUACCGACCACUGUCGGGACUACGAGAACAUGUAUCGGGCGCUACAGACCGAGAUUCAGAGCUUGAAGGACCAAGUGCAGGAACUUCACCGCGACCUCACCAAGCAUCACUCCCUGAUCAAGACGGAGAACAUGGGUGAAAUCCUGCAGAAAUCCCUCCAGAUGGACGUCCAAAUUGCGUCCGAAUUCUCGUCGGUGGAGAUGAGACGGACCGAGUUUGAAGAGACCUGGGAGGAAACCUACCAGAGGGUGGCCAACGAGCAGGAGAUUUACGAAGCCCAGCUCCAUGACCUGCUGCAGCUGAGACAGGAGAACAACUACCUGACGGCCAUCACCAAGCAGAUCGCUCCCUACGUCCGCUCCAUCGCCAGGGUCAAGCAGCGGCUGGAGCCCAGGUUCCAGGAGUGGAAAGAGAAAACGGAUCAGCCGGAGAGCCUGCUCAAAAUCUACGAAGACGGACUCCUCCCGGCCGAGGCUCCACCCAGCACCGGCAAAGAGCGGGCACCUAAACCAGAAGCGCAGAUGCUCGGCCCGGCCGCCACGGACCCGCAGCCGAAAAGCACCGAGGGCUUCAAAAACAAGUCGAAAAUCAGAGCCGAGACCCUCUCGGAGCCCACCGGAGCCCCAGCGAGUCUAAGCAAGGAAGGAGACCUGGAGACGCAGCUUCUUUUGCAUUGAGGGUGCAAAAUUUUCCUUUUGGGAGGGGACAAAAAUAUAUAUAUAUAUUUAUCUA